CAUUUUUAAUCAACAAAAGUCCUUCCUUCACAGCCAAUCUCUCUCUUUCAUUUAUCUUUAUUUUCUUUCACAUGUCUGAAAGCUGCAACUCUCGCCAUUUUUCAUGGCUAAUCAAAUCUUGCUUACCAAAUCCACACGACACUCCCACUUACCUCUCCCCAAAUCCCAUCCACACACUCACCACCGCCUCCGCCGCCACCUCCACCGCCACCACUCUCUCCUCUCUACCCGACGACCUUCUUUUAGAGUGCCUCUCAAGAGUCUCCUCCUCUUCUCUCCCUCCCAUCUCCGCCGUCUGCCGCCGUUGGUCUUCCCUCCUCCGCUCCCCUUCUUUCCUCCUCCUCCGCCGCUCCCAUAACCUCCUCCACCCCACUAUCUUCGCCUUCUCCUCCUCCAGCUCUACCCUCUUCGCCGCCUCUCUCCGCUUCCAAGAAAAUUCAUGGAAGUUCACUACUUGUCUUCCGAUUAGAUUUAUAGAGUUAAAUAAUAAUAAUAAUAUUGUUCAUGCACGAAUGUGCGCCGUUGGAUCAAGAAUCUUUAUUAUUUGUCGUAAUGGAUUAUUUUUCUGUUAUGAUACGUGGAGUUGUAAAUUAUCAGACAAAUCUCCCAUUACUUAUCCACGUAAAAAAUUUGCUACUGCAACUUUCGCCGGAAAAAUCUACGUCGCCGGUGGUGGUUCACCGGGUGGUACUGCCGUUGAAGAGUAUGACCCGGAUAGUGAUACAUGGAGAGUCGUCACUCACGCGCCUAGAAAGCGAUUUGGGUGCAUUGGCGCAGUUUCUGACGGCGUGUUUUAUAUAAUUGGUGGGCUUAAAAUUGGUAAUGGAAAUGAAUUCUCACGCGCCGGUAAUGUCGGCGGAGAGGCGGCGCAUGUGUACGCUAGCUCGAUGGAUUUAUACGACGUGGAAGCGUCCGUAUGGCUUAGAAGUAGAGCGAUUCCCGGUGGCGGUUGUGUUGUGGCAGCUUGUGAGGCGGCGGGAUACGUGUAUAUAUUAGCAAGCCAUGCGGUGGAAUUGUCAUUUUGGAGAUUCGAGGCGCGGAGGCGCGUGAACGGCGGAAAGGGAUUCGGAGAGUGGAGUAGAAUUAAGAGUCCGCCAUUACCGGCGCAAGUUAGACUCGAUAGUACGGUGAGGUUCAGCUUCGUCGGAGUGGAGAACAAGGUGGUGUUAAUUCAAGUAGCCGGGUGCAUUGAUGAUUUAUUGAGGAGGAGUGGAAGAAAUGUUAGGGGUUUAAGGGAAGGAUUGGUUUUGGUUUAUGAUUGUGGCGGUGGAGAGUGGAGCAGAGGACCUGAUUUGCCUGAGGUGAUUCGACGCGCCGCUUGUGUGGCUGUGGAAUGUUAAAUGGCGAGCGUAGUUAGCGGUAUAGAUUGGCGUGAUUAAGGCUAAUGUGCGCCUAUUGAUGUCGUUUUGGUAGGAGACAAAAUGAUCAGUGUAUGUAACAUGUGCUGUUUUGUUGACGUUUACGAUAAGUAGCUCAUAUAGGUCGUUGAUUGGCCUAUUUUUUUAA